AUGGCGUUCUUCUUCAAUCGUGGCCGGUCGCGUCAACCAGCAGAUGUGGUCCGCUCCACAAAGGAAUUGUUGCUCAGGGUCCAAGAAUCUCCCAGCAACCCCAAGGCCGAUGAGGAGCUGGCCAAGCAACUCAGUCAGAUGAAAGUUAUUGUACAAGGAACACAAGAAAUCAACACAUCACCCGAUCAGGUCCACGCUUUAGUCCAAGCGACUUUACAAGAAGAUCUACUCUACGAUUUAUCACGGACUAUUCACCUUCUCCCCUUCGAAGCCCGAAAAGAUACGCAGACCAUCUUCUCCCAUGUCCUACGUUUCCGCCCCGCCUCGUAUGCGACCGAUAAAGACCCUCCAGUUAUUUCAUACAUUGUUCACAAUCGACCAGAGAUCCUCGUUGAGUUAUGUCGGGGAUACAUGCAAAGCCAAAGUGCCAUGCCAUGCGGUGUUAUUCUACGAGAGGCCCUGAAGUUUGACGUGGUCACAGCGGUGAUACUAUAUGACCAGUCACACGAAGGAGAACCUGCGGUCCGGCUCUCGGAAUUGAAGCCCAACCUUCAACAGAACGGUGAGGGUGUGUUCUGGAACUUCUUUGAGUGGAUUGAUAAAAGCAACUUUGAAGUCAGCGCCGAUGCAUUUACAACAUUCCGGGAGAUCUUGACACGCCAUAAGAGCUUGGUGACUGCGUAUCUUGCGACCAACUUUGAGCUAUUCUUUGGGCGAUUCAAUAAUAUCCUUAUCCAGUCUGACUCCUAUGUCACCAAACGACAAAGCAUCAAGUUGCUGGGUGAGAUCCUGUUGGACCGUGCCAACUACAAUGUGAUGAUGGCCUAUGUGGAGAGUGGGGACAACCUCAAACUAUGUAUGAAGCUGCUGCGCGAUGAUCGCAAGAUGGUGCAGUACGAAGGGUUCCACGUUUUUAAGGUAUUUGUCGCCAACCCGAACAAAUCGGUAGCAGUACAGCGAAUUCUCAUCAACAAUCGCGACCGACUAUUGAGAUUCUUGCCUAAGUUUUUGGAAGACCGGACGGACGACGACCAAUUUACGGACGAGAAGAGCUUCUUGGUGCGCCAGAUUGAACUCCUUCCCAAGGAGCCCGUCGACCGGGGCAGGCUACAAUCCCAGUCCGGGGCCAACACCGCCGCAGUGGCCUAA